CUGGACCUAAUUAUAUCGAUUGGAAAAGGCAACUAGAUAUUGUACUCACAUAUGAGGGGUUGAAUUAUGUGCUUACUACUCCUAGACCUUCUCCACCUUUGCCUGAGGAUCCUCCUGAGGAGCAUGAAGUAUUUAAGAAAUGGAAUAAAGCAGAUGAGAUGACUAGGUGCUACAUUCUUGCUUCACUCUCGAAUGUACUCCAAAGUCAACAUCUUCAAUAUCUCACUUCUGCAGACAUCAUGCUUAACCUUAAGGAAAUGUUUGGGCAAAUUGGUAAGAGCGCACGCCAAAAUGCUAUGACAAAUUUGAUGACCAUUAAGAUGGUCCAAGGUACUUCAGUUCGGGAACAUGCUUUAAAAAUGAUUGGUUUUUUAAAUGAACUGGAGAUCUUUGGAUGCAACUUGGAUGGUGAACUUCAGGUUGACAUGAUUAUCGCUUCAUUGCCAGACUCAUUUAACUCUUUUAGGGUUAAUUAUUAUAUGAAUAAGCUUGAGUACACACUCGCUGAACUAUUGAAUGAGUUGGUAACCUUUGAAGGGAUAAACAAAAGCAAGGGUGCAUCUAUCAACUACACUCAGUCUGCUGGACCAUCCACUUCUAGGCCCAAGAGGAGGGGCAAGAAAAAGAAGAAGGAUGGUGCCAAAACUGUGGUUGUG